AUGCUAAGCGGCUCUUCGCUUCCUAUAUGCAUGAUUAUUGCUGGCUGGCUUUCUUGGCGAGAUGGAAGUGGAACAACGGACAACAAGUUGUGCAGCUCAGCCAUGAGAACUCUCGAAGAGCUGCACUGCCACACUGUGGCUGAAUUGAGUGCCGCUUGUCGGGCUUUGGGUCUUCCGGUGAAGGGACUAAAGAAGGACCUCGUGGGACGCCUCAUGGCUUUUGAAAAAACCCGAGGGCCUCUUCCUCCCGAAGUACUCCACAGGAGGCCAAUCCAAAGGCAACGACACCCUGCGCCGCCACCGCAGCAGCAGCAGCAGCAUGUGAGCCCACGUCAGAUCUACAUACAGCCAAGUGGACCCAUAGAAGAGCCUUCCGUUGCUAAUUAUCACCAAAGGGCGAAGCAUCACUUUCUCCAAUACCAGCAGCAGCAGCAGCUGUUGCUGCAGCAACAGCAGCAUCUGCAGCAUCAGCAUCUGCAGCAGCAGCAGCAUCUGCUGCAGCAACAACGACAUGCCGGGGUCCUUUCACCUAGCCAAGCAGCCGGACAAGCUGCUGGCCAAGCACCUGGCCAAGCACCUGGCCAAGCAGCUAACCAAGCACCAACCCGGCACUACGCAGGGCCCCAGAGGCCUCGCAAUGCCUUGGCUUCUUCACACACACGCGGCGCCUGGGCUACAGGGAGGGAGUGCAUUUGUGGAGACAGGCUGUCUCCUCAGCAGCAGCAGCUGCUGCUGCAGCAACAGCAGCCGCUGAUAGGCUGCCCUGUCUGUGGCUCCCGUUGUCAUCGCGUCUGCUACGGCCUCUCGGAGGACAAAAGUCCGGCAGACUUUGUCUGUGGGGCGUGUCAUUUGAAGUUGAUGGACCCCUUUUACCCGCUCGCGCAAGUCUUCACGAUGUGUCCGCUCGAGGACUCGUUGGUUAUAUCGCUAGACGCCACAGAUAUAAAAAGCUGGAGGGCUCAAGGAAAAGAAAUCGUUAUUCGCUGCUGCCAGGCUCAAACUCCCAAACACAUUCAAACUUGGCCGCGUACCGUCGAGGUCCUCGUCAACGGUCGUAUUACACAGUAUUUGAGGAGUGGACUUAACCAGGUGGAGAUAAAUACAACAAACUUCACGCCGGAUCCUAAAUUGUUUUUCAUCGCUCUUCUCCUGGUGGAGACCAAAACCCCGGAGGCCCUGGAGGUCUCCGUUGUCCAAGAACACACCCUUCCACUAACAGCCGCGAAAGAGCGCGUGCAGCGUUUGCUUCAGGGACAGCAGCAGAAGCACGAGCAGCAGCACGAGCAACAGCAGCAGGAUGACGCAGACAGCGACGAAGAAGUGCAGUGUCUUGAAGUGGGGAGGCGGCUAAAACUGAUCUGCCCUGUAACCUUCACUAGGAUUGAGAUUCCAUGCCGAGGCCGCCUUUGCAUGCAUCUUCAAUGCUAUGAUCUGAGCGGAUAUUUGUUGGUCUCUCGAAGUACCAAGGCCUUCAACAGCCGCUGGAGAUGCCCACAAUGUCACUUAACGGUACUCCCCUCCGACCUACAGGUUGACUGUUUUUUUCAGCAUCUCCUGGCGCAGACCAAAGAAGAGGACAUCGAAGUGGAGCUUCAGGCGGAUUUGUCAUUUAGGGUCGUGUCGGAUGAAGAACUAAAGGCGGAGUCGAAGAGAGCAGAACAGCAGAGACAGCUCGCGGCGGAGACGCUCCUGAAGCCCCAGGGAGAGGAGGCGGAGACAACUGGGAAAGUGGCAUUUGAAGUCGUUGACAUGCGUCGCGACAGCGAAGCCGAAGACACGCCACCAGCAGCAGCAGGAACGGCGACCACAGCAGCACCAGCCCCAGGGGAGGAUGCUGCAGCAUGCCAAGACUCCACUGGUGCGCCUGCUGAAACGUCUGCAGCAGAGGCUCGGCAGAGGCCCAUUGCUUCUGCCGGCAGCAGCAGCAACAACAGCGGGACCGGAGUAUCACAGGAGGAAGAAGAGGAGCCUCUUAUCAAGCGGCAGCGACGAUUGGAGUCUCCGGGAAGUGGCAACGGUCAGCAGAGGGAAAUACUUUGUCUGUCAGACUCCUCUGAUGAUGAACCGCAGCAGCAGCAGAAUGAUGGUCACACGGGCGACAGUGACGGCCAUAAGUCAAACGAUCAACUACAUCCAACACAGUAUUAUCAGCAACAACAGCACCAGUCGACGCAGUCUCACCAGCAGGUGCAUUCGCUGCAUUCACAGUCCCCGCAUCAGCAGCGAACCCCUUUUCAGCAGCAGUUGGAGCAGCCAACACAGUCACAACAGCAGCUGCUGCAGCAGCAGCCUGACGGCGGUGGAGGUGAGGUUAAUGCUCCGAUUGCUCUGGACUCCGAUUCGGAUGAUGAAGAAGGGAAACAGCAGCAGCAGCCAUCCCAGCAGCAAGAACAGUGGCAGCCGGCCUCUAAACAACAGCCACCACCACAGCAGCCGUCGUCUCCUAGGUCCCUGCUCCAGGAGGGAGGGGCGGAGAACGGCUCUGAGAAUGCAACAGCCGCUCUUACUGGCAGUGAUGGGACGGCGGCACAGCAUGCAGGCACCAGCAGCACCACCGCCAACGGCGGCGGCAACAGCACGGUUUCUCAUGGCAGCAAGAGCAGCAACAGUAGUAGCGAAGACCGGAGUGUCAGUGACUCCAGUGUGGGAGCGGCUGCCCACUCUGCCGGAGCUUCUGCAACCACCAACAGCAGCAACCGCAACGCCAACAGCAACAGCGAUGUGGCGCAACCAGACAUGCCCUUGGGAUUCGUAACCGAGGCAGCUGCUCUUUUAGAAGAAAUAGAUUGGUCAGUCGAAGGGAGCCAACCCCACGCAAGGCGAGUCCAUGCAGCGUUAUCGCCUGCAGCUGCAGCAGAGUCCGCUGCUGCUCCGGCAGCAGCAGCAGCCGCUGCUCCUGUUACAGAGGAGGCUGCGUCGCUGAGGAAGGCUGCUGCCGCUGCAGCGGCUUUUGCAGCAGCUGCUGCUGCUGCAGCAAACUGUGCCCAGGCAGAUGGGGGGGCCACGGAGUCGCACGCACCAACGGCGGACGGCUCCUCACACUUGCAGCAGGAGCAACAGCAACAGCAACCUUUCAUCAGUGAAGAGGGGCUACUUGCGCUGCAGCAGAGAUGCCAACAGGAAAUCCUGCUGCGGCAGAGAGAGGCCCUGGUUCGACAGCAGCAGCAGCAACAUAAGUUGCAACCGCAGCACCAGCAGGGCCAGCUGCAUCUGCUGCAGCAGAACAGGUACGCUGCUUUGCAGCGACACCGGCUGUUGCAGCAGCAGCAACAACAGCAGCCAGCAGCUGUUCAGCAUGCUGGAGCUCCGUGGUUUCUGAACCCCCUACUGACUGGGACGCCGGAGAGCAACGGGGCCGCGAAUCCCUCUUCGUGGCCUGGUGAACAGCAGCAGCCGCAGGUGCAGCAGCAGCAGAUCCCGCUGGAGCAGCAGAUGCUGCAACAGCAGGAUGUACCUGCGCAGCCGCAGCAACAGGUGCCACACCAUAUACAACUGGCUGCGCGGCUGCCACAGCUCCUGGACAUGCGGAAUAUUCCGAAUUCGACACAGGCGACUGUCCGGCAUCUGCUUAUCGCGGCGCAAGGACAAGCAGAUGACUUCGCCAGACAGCAGCAACAGCAGCAGCAGAGUCGCAGCCUCCAAAAUUAG